GGGUGACGUUGCCCGCCACCUUCCUAAAUAAUUCCGUGACUGUUCAAUACUUAAUUUUUCCAGUUAUAGGUAGAGCUAACGUUACUGUACUCAUGGAGAGAAAACUCCCCUGAAUAUUUUUUUAAAAGAGACUCAUUUAGCGCAAUUAUGUAGAAAUAUUCAUAUUGAGACUCGCCCUAGGACAACGAAAUAUGUGGAGAGUACAAGGGUUUGUUGGAAGAGUUUUUAGCCGGUGCCAUGGCAACGCCCCCCUGCGCCUGUCUCAGAAUCAUCACGUGGAGGAUGAGGUCAUCCACUCCUCCACCUUCCUCUCCACCGGCCGGCACUCCCCCGACAGCAGCUCUCAGAAAGGGGAGGAUGGAGACAAGUGGUGGAAGAAGAGGACAUCUCAGUUUUGCUACGAUGGGCUCCCGCGCUACACUGCUCUGGAUGCUGUGGGCUGGGGGGCAGCUGCCGUUCUGUUGAUGCAGAUCUGUAGGAGGGUCCACUCUCGAGUCUCCUCUGGGGCCGAACCCAAUCCAAACACAGGAUGCCUGGCCGUACAGGACACCCUGCAGAAGUUUGACUACCGCGUCCUACUGGAGAUGCUGUCUCGCUGUGAUGUGCUGCCCAGAGGGAGGAGUGUGAGCUGUCUGCCACAGAGACAGCAGGCCCAGCAACGCAGCACCAGCGGCAGCAGUAACGGCUACAGUAGUUCUGACCAGCUCCAUGGAGAUGCGAUCGCUGACUGCUUCCUCGCUGACUGUCACCACUCCUCUGGAAGAGAGGAGACGUCCUCCCAUCCUGAAGACAAACGCAGAGCCAGAAAGCGAGAAGCACCUCCGCAGCAGAAUGAGCAGGAUGCUCUAGCAGGGGCUGCCCAGAACCUCCAGCAGGUGGCCAACUCCAGCGUUCCUGUAGUCCUCAACAUCGUCGGUCUGGAGAGUGCUAAGACUGGGGACUAUGAUGCAGCCUUCUCCUGUUUCCUGGCCUCAGCCAGACGGGGUUACUGCAAGGCCCAGUUCAACACUGGAGUCUGCUACGAGAAAGGCAGGGGGGUAGGCAAAGACGAGGAGAAGGCUCUUCACUUCUACAGCCAGGCAGCGUCUGGGGGUCACAGUCAGGCUCAGUACCGCUGUGCCAAACUCCUCCUCAGCAGCAGAGGGCAGCUGAGCCAACAGAAGGACCUGGACUCAGCCAUCAGCCUGCUGCAACAGGCUGCCUCAGCUGGACUGAAAGAGGCCCAAGUGUAUCUGGGUUCCCUGUUCUCACAGGAGCCAGUCAGAGACGGCCGUAAGUCGGUGCACUACCUGAAGAUGGCAGCAGAGAGCGGAGACAGCGAGGCGCUGCUGUUCCUGGGCCAGUGUUAUGAGAGUGGGUUCGGGGUGCCUCAGUGUUUCAGAACAGCAGUAGGGUUCUAUCAGUGGGCUGCCCAGGCAGGAAGCAGCCAGGCCAAGACCUUACUGAUGCCCCUGUGUGGAGUGGAGGAAGAUGCCGUCCUGCGCUCUAUCCGCUCUUGUCCGUGCUUCUCCGUAUCGGACCGUCUGCGGGAACCACUCUCCACCCUCCCCUCCCCUGUCCCACCCUCCAGUGGCCCCACCCUUCCCCUCCCACACUCCUGGAGCACAGGGAGUAUGGGUCUCCCUCCGCCCUCCCUCCCCCUCCACCCCCCCAGCUUUGAGGGGAACGCCGUGAGGUGGACUCUAGGAGUGGGAUAGUUAGCGCACACAGUCAUGACUUACGAAUGUCGUUGUGAUUGGAUAAGGAUGAAAAGGGAAAGCAUGGUCACAUGUUUAACCACUCGGUUGUGUCUCACUGAGGUUACUUUCUCACUGCACUUAGAACUGGAUGUGAAUGUAGUGUAAGUCAAUGCUUUGAGGAACGUGUGUGUAAGUAUGGGAGACGGCAAUACAUGUCUGAAAAACAUGCAUGUCAGAUAUGAGGUAUGGCUUUACCUGUUGACUUUUCCUCAAUACCUUUUAUCAGUGUUUUUCCAAUGUAAUGCUCUCAUGGCACAAGCUUGGCCAGUUGUGGUACAAUAAACUGCCCUGUGGGUAGGUAUUGAGAUAUACUUUAUGGCCAGUUUCUUAGGUACGACCUAUCUACUAUCGGGUUGGACCCCCUUUUGCCUCCAGAACAGCCUGAAUUCUUUGGGGCAUGGAAACGUUGCUCAAUUGGUAUCAAGGGAUCUAAUAUUUUCCAGGAAAACAUUACACCACCGCCACCAGCCUGUACCAUUGAGACCAGGCAGGGUGGGGCCAUGGACUCACACUGUUUACGCCAAAUCCUGACUCUGCCAUCAGCAUGACGCAACAUGAACUGGGAUUCGUCGGACCAGGCAAAGGUUUUCAGUUGCAGCAGUUUUGGUGAUCCAUUGGAGCUGCUUCUUCUUGUUUUUAGCUGAUAGGAGUGUUCCCUUGCACGCCUGUUAGCUUGCACGAUUCUGGCCAUUGUCCAUCGACCUCUCAUCAACGAGCUGUUUUCGCCCACAGGACUGCUGCUGACUGGAUGUUUGUUUGUCGCACCCUUCUCGGUAAACCCGUGAAAAUCCCAGGAGGCCGGCCAUUCCAGAGAUACUGGAACCACCGUGCCUGGCACCAAGGAUCACACCACACUCAUUGUCGCUUCGGUCACUCGUUUUGUCCAUUUUAACGUCAAUCGAACAGUAACUGAAUGCAUCAAUGCCUGUCUGCUUUAUAACGCAGGCCACGGCCACGUGACUCACUGUCUGUAGGAUCGAACCAUUUUUGUGAAAUGGAGUGGUGUACCUAAUAAACUGGCCACUUAGUGUAACGUGUGCCUUAGCCUGCUAUGCCUCUAAGUACAGUGUCUCUGGUGUGUACUUGACCCUGUUUAAAAUGGCAUAGAGUUAGGCUAAAAGAAUGUGAAUGAAAAGUGAUUUUAUUUUUGGCCUUUUUCAAAGUUUAUCAUAAACUACCAACAAUGUUGCCUUUUAAUAUCAGGGGGUUAACUAUCCAACUCUGUCCAGUAAUUAAAAACAUAAAGAUACUCUCUAACGGGGCCUGGGCUUUAACGUGAGGCUUGUGUAUUAUGUGCAUGUAUGUAUUUUCAUAUUUUCUCAUGCUUUAGGAACACUACGCACAAGGUGUCUAACACCAAUAAAAAUAUAACGCUAUU